AUGGCGGGCAGCAGCCGCGAGCGCCUUCUCCUGGUGCUGCUCGUGGCAGGCACGGCUUGGGGCCGCAGUGUCGAGCUGAGCGGGCCCGACGUGCUGGUCCCCAGGAGCAGUAGGCUGCCCCUGCCGCCCUCGCUCAACGACAGCGCCACGGCGGCGCUGCUGCUGGCAAACGGAGACGACGCCAAGAUACAGCUGCGGCUGUGCGAGUGCGAGCGUGCCACGGGCGCGCCCAGCGGACUCAGCUGCGAUAAGGAGGGGUGGUUUAUCAGCUCCUGGGAGCGGCAGGGCCAGUGGGUGGCCGGCGGAGGCUACGUGCCGCUGUCGCAUGCCAUUUGCUGCCGCCCCUGCCUGCCCGACGAGCUGCCUCCCGACCCCAGCGGCCGCAUCCCAGCCGGCGAGAAGCCGCUGGCUGUCAUCUCGCUGGGCUGCCACGCCUCCACCGACCGCUCGCUCAGCACUCGGUGCGAGGCGGGCGCCGGCAGCUUUGUGACGGGGUACAGCGAAGCGGUGAAGGUGUUCACCACGCCUGAUACGUUCUAUCCGAUCAACACAGUGCAGUGCUGCACCCCCGCGCUGCUGCUGGACAGCGGGGAUGCCUGGGAGCUGGAGCGGUGUGGGUGCCACGACAGCCGCGACCCAGACUUCCCCGUGAACUGCGGCGGCACCACCACCGACGAGCUGCUGCUGGGCUACGUCUUCUUCAGGCUGUCGCCGCUGGGGCAUGUGGUGCCGGUGGGGCCCGCCCAGUGCUGCAAGGCGUGCCUAUCCAGCACUGUGCACCCCAUGAACCAAUGCGACGACCUCAACUCGUGCUCGGGCCACGGCGUGUGCAACAUGCGGCGCUGCGAGUGCUUUGACGGCUGGACGGGGCCGGACUGCGGGGAGCCGGCGCGCAACGGCAAGAGCAUACCUCCUUGGGCCAUAGCCCUAAUCGUGCUGAGCUCCAGCGCGCUGGCCGGCAUCUUCAUCAUCGCCGCCGGCUACGCGCUACAGGCGCUGGGCCUGGCGCCCACCACUCCAACUGGCAGCGAGGAUGGCGACGGCGACGAGCGGCAGCCGCUGCUGAUCCGGUUGGACGCAGAUGACUCUGGCAGCGUGGGCUCCGCCGACACAACAGGCACGAACUGCGAGGAUGAUGUGGAGGCUGACGAGGUUUUUAGGGUUCGAGGCGCGUGA